GAGGAAGGGGAGGAACGGCCGGAGACAGGGGAGGCAGAAUCGGCGGGUCCGGAAGGGCAGGAGGUAGAGUCGGAGAGUCAGGAAGGGUUGGAUAAAGAGUUGGUUGAGCCGGGAGGCAGGAGGUAGAAUCAGAGUCAUUUCCCCCUGCUACGCACGUACCAUCUAAUCGUUGUGCGCGGCAUGAGCUUGCUAGUUACAGCACUGCUGCGAAUGAGAAUGUUGAAGUCAGAGAAGGAAGAACCCGUGCGCAAACUCGGGCCGUCAAUCAGCAGAGCGUAACCGGCCUCAUGGCCACUCCAGGACCCAUCUCCGCAUCAGAACUAAUAGACGCACUGUUAGUGGAACAGAGAGCAUCUGAUGCAAUGGAAAUGCCGAAAGUGCUCAUUCAGGACGUAGAGUCAGAACCGGGUAGCUAUAAAGAAGCCCGUCAGUCAAAAUACUCCUCGAUUUGGGACAAGGCCAUGUCUGCAGAGUUUGAAGGCUUGUUAAGAGCAGGAACGUUCGCGUUAGCGGUAACGGUUGCAAUAGGCUGUAACGUGAUAGACGCUAGAUGGGUCUACAAAUGUAAACCAGAUGAAACAGGCAAGAUAGUGAAGGCCAAGGCUAGGCUUGUAGCGAAGGGCUUCAAGCAGAAGCAUGACGUGAAUUAUCUUGAGACUUAAUCGCCUACUGCAAAUGCUGCAUCGAUUCGUUUGUUGGUAGCAUUGUCGUGCAAGUAUGAUUUGGAAUUUCUCCACUUUGUCAUUGAGCAAGCGUUUGUUCAGUCAGAAUUGGAUCACGAGGUUUUCAUGAAGUUGCCUCCUCGCUGCGAGUCGAUGACAGGAAAGGUUGUCCGACUAGACAAAAGUUUGUAUGGACUGAGACAGGCAUCUAGAACGUUUCACAAGAGACUAGUGUCGGACCUGAAGAGGAUUGGUUUCGAAG